AUGAGCGGCGUGGGGAAUGUGGCGAAGGACCAACACGCACUCCUGGUGGCCAAGAUAGUGGCCAUGGUGGUGCUCGUGGUGAUCACCGUGCUUUGCGGCAGCCUGCCCUAUGUCCUGGACAGAUGCUUCCUGUGGACCAAGAAGAGUCCGGAGGAGACCCGCUCGUCGGCAGUGGUGCGAUGCCUUCUCUUCUUCGGCGGCGGUGUGCUCAUCUGCACCACCUUCCUGCACAUGCUGCCCGAGGUGAUCGAGGUGGUGGAAGCUCUUCAGAAGUGCGGGUUCCUCGCCCAGACGCCGUUCGCCCUGCCGGAGAUGCUGCUCUGUACGGGGUUCUUUCUGAUGUACGCCUUGGACGAGCUGAUGACCAAUGUGGUGCGUCACCACCAGCGGAAGCUUAGUCGGAAGGAGUCGGUGGCCAGUCUGGCUUUCGAAAGGGGUCGCAGCAUCCGGCAGAGUAUGCUGCUCAAGCCCCAGCAGAAAGAGGGUCCGGAAGUGAAGGAAAUGGAGCCCCAGGCACCAAAGGAUCACCAUGGUCACUCGCACAUGCCCGUGGGAUCCGGCGAGGGAUCCUCCGCCCGGGGCCUGGGCAUCAUCCUGGCCCUAUCCCUGCACGAACUCUUCGAGGGCAUGGCCAUCGGACUGGAGGGCACUGUGAGCACAGUGUGGUUCAUGUUCGGGGCGGUGGCCGCCCACAAACUCGUCCUGGCCUUCUGCGUUGGGAUGGAGCUGCUGGUGGCCCGAACCCGCACCUCGCUGGCCAUCUUGUACCUGGUGACCUUCUCCAUUGUCACGCCCAUCGGCAUCGGCGUGGGCCUGGGCAUCAGCCAGCAGGUGGCCGCCGGUCAGCCCAGUCUGCCCUCCGGGGUGCUCCAGGGCAUCGCCUGCGGAACCCUGCUCUAUGUGGUCUUCUUCGAGAUCCUCACGGAGAGCCAUGCCGGGUGGAGAGCCCUGGUGGCCGCCGUGGCGGGAUUCGCCUUGAUGUUUGGCCUGCAGAUACUUUCUGACGAAGCUGAAGGCGAUGACAGCCUCACUUGUUCCUAGAAAUGGUUCCACCACUUCAGUAUUAUAAAGUGUUUCUCUUUAACCGUAUUUAUUUGUUUAGUACGAAAUAUACUG